CAAGACAAAUCUGCCAACAGUUCCACAAUGUCUGACAGUGACUUUGGGGAAGAUGAUGGGAGCAUUUCUCAGGACCCAUCCCAGCCUGGCAAGAGGAAACGAAGGGGCAAUCUCCCCAAAGAGUCUGUCAAGAUCCUGCGGGAAUGGCUGUAUGAACAUCGGUUCAAUGCGUACCCUUCAGAGCAAGAGAAACUCAGCCUUUCCGGGCAGACAAGCCUCUCUGUUCUACAAAUUUGCAAUUGGUUCAUCAAUGCCAGGCGCAGACUUCUCCCUGACAUGCUGCUAAAGGAUGGCAAAGACCCAAACCAGUUCACUAUUUCUCGCCGAGGCACCAAAGCCAGUGAUGUAGCACUUUCCCGUGGAGCUGCUGCAGGUUCUGGACUCUUGAUGGUGCCUCCUCCUCCUGCUGCUGCAGCCACUACAUCCAAGGUCCUCUCCAUGUCUGUGUGCCCCCCUGUGAUCUGCCAGACUUCUCGGCCACUGGCUGGCAACUUGACUGUGAUGACCGGCGACCUAGAGAAACGAUCCAUGCUCCAACGGAUUGAACUGGAAUCCCAUACCAAGCAGUCACAGCUGAGUGCAACAGGCAACACGCUGGCUCUUCUCACCCGGGCAGAUGCAUCCAGUCCCACCAGUGGACUCUUCAACACGCCUCCUCCAACACCACCUGAGCUUUUUGGAGAGGACUUCAGCAGCUUCCAGUUGCUGGUAGAAGUGGCUCUGCAAAGAGCAGCUGAGCUUGAUUCACAGAAGCUGAGUGGGCAACUGCCUCCAUCACCACAGAGAGAAUCUUCUCCUGCAAAAAACAAGUAACUUC